CUUUCUGUAAUAAUAAUAACUUUAUUAUAAUCAUAAUCAUAUUAAAUAAUAAUAAUAAAAAUAAUUAUUAUUAUAUUAUUCAUAAUUAAUAAACUAAAAUGAAUUUUAAAAAUAAUCAAGAAAUGCAAUUAUCAUUGGAAAAUAUUGAAGAAAUAUAUGAUAACAAAUCAAAUCCAAAAUACACAUUAGAAAAUCCAUCUCAGAAUCUAGGUCCCAAAUUAAAGAUGUCUUAUAUUAUAAAUGAACCAACUGCCUCUCCUCCUCUGUUUGGUGGAAUUUUUUCAACCUUUGAUGUAGAAAAAAAUACAAACAUAAAAUAUUACAACUAUUUGGAAACAAAUCUUAAACAAACUGAAAUCAUUACAAAUGACAAUAAUGUCAAUACAAAUCAAAACAAUUUUAAUCAAACUAAUAAUAAUACAUAUAAUAUUUAUAAUCAUGUCAAUAAUUCCCAACCCAAUAGUAAUAAAAAUAAUACUCAUUUCCAUUUUAAUAAUGAUUUGAAUAAUGACUUUUAUUACAAUUAUAAUGAUAAUAAUAAUUAUCAUAAUAACAUUAAUAAUAUAAAUAAUAAUAAUAACUACUACUCUGCAACUACUACUACAACAACUACUACAACAACAACAUCUGGGCCACAAAAUAUCAACAACAACACUAAUAUUCAAUAUGAAAAUCAUCUUUUUAGUAAUGAAGAACAAGCUCAUAUGGAGCUUUUAACUCUAGAGACUCUACGUUCCAUUUUACCAAACUAAGAUAAAAACCAUUUUAAAAAAAACCUGUAUAUAAAAAUAUUUUUUGUUUAUAAAAUUAUUAAAUAAACCUUUUAAUUUUAAUAUAUAUUU